AUGGAAAUUGCUAUUCAAACAGGAACUGCGAACAAGAAUGAAGAAGACAAAAGACUGAAACUUGAGCUUGAGUUACAUCAUAGGAGAGCAGAAGCCAUGUCAAAUAAUAUGAAAGAGGAAGUAAAAUCAGUUAAACAAACCAAUAAAAAAGUAUUAGUUAUUGCAUUUGACUUGCAGCAAACUCUUCCAACACCUAGUCUUACAGUUGGUCCACUGGCUAAUUAUGGCACUAUGGCUACAACUUGUCAGGGAAAAAAAUUCAAAAGUAUUGAACAUAGGUUUUUGGUAUCAGGGCAUACCUAUUUGCCUUGCGAUAGGGAUUUCGCCCAAAUUGAAAAACACAAGAGGUAUUUAAGACAAAUGUAUUGCCCAGAGGACUGGUUCGAAGCCGUUAGAAAAAGUAAAAGGGCCAAUCCAUUUGAAGUUAUUGUUAUGGAACAGAAAGAUUUCCUAUCGUUUCAAAAAGUUCCUAUGGUGAAAAAAAAAACAUAA